CCAAAGUCUCAGCUUUCGUGUAUAAAUAUCGACCAACCAAAAUGCACCCUGGUCCGGUGUCAUUUCUAUCGAAGCGCGGAAGAGUUAACCACGUGGGUUUGUGAAAUUGACGCUCCGGGAUUAAAAAGAAAAAAAGCAUUUUAUUAUCAAAUAUCUGCAAUUUCUCAGUCAGAAAUGAUUUUUCUCCACGGAUUACUUUCUAGGAUGUGGUUUUAAAGGAUGUGGGAAAUCGAUUAAAGAAAAAACUCUCUGUAUAUAGCAGAAUCCGAUGACGUUGACAAUGCAAAAUUUAACGACAUCUCUUGAUACGGAAAAACUCCUCCAGCAAUGGAACCACGAGAUAUCACGCUCAUUUACGCUCAGUACUGUGGUCCAUUCCGUCUUAUUUACAGUCGGAACAUUUGGAAAUCUUUUCAUUAUUUUCAUAUACAAUUUUAAAAUGAAAGGAUACAAGGAUGAUCGUUAUUUCAUUCCAAUUCUAGCCGUGGUGGACAUGUUGGCUUGUGCAUUCUCUACGUGGUUCGCUCUAACAGUUAACAUCUUCCCGGUCAUAUUUCCGGAUGAUGUUCUUUGCAAGUGUCUCCUCUAUGUAAAUUACUUGGCAACACAAAGCUCAAUAUUUCUAUUAGUAGUGAUUUCGAUACAACGUUUUCUGAAAAUCUGUCGACCAUUCCAAAAACAAAUGACCCUGUAUUGGAAAAGAUUUUCAUUAGUUACCAUUUCGAUAGUGACAACCAUUAUUCUGAUACCGGAACUAAUAUUUUACGGCAAAGUUCCGGUAAGGAGUACCAAGUAUAAUGUGACUGGGUACAUUUGUGGUCCAAUACGACAACCAGAAAGCAUGGCCACUGGACUGAUAAGUUUUACUGCAGCCGCUAUGUCUGUAUGUGUUAUAAGUAUUGCUAUUGUAGUGAUCAUGUAUCUUUAUAUACUUAAACAUCUCCUAAGACAAAAUAGAGUCCGGAAGUUGAAUCAUUGUAGAAGUUUUUCGCGGUCUGAGGCAUCGGAUGUUCCGGUUCCGAGUGAAGAGAAAGAUCAGAGUGAAUCCCCUCCACCGAAACGACAGGAAAUUAAUGGCAACCGCGAAAAAGACAAGGAAGUGAAACUUCCAAAUUAUAAUACCCUUCAAGUUCCGAACGAAGUGCCAAAAUUAAAACGGUCAAAGGGAUCCAAAAUUAAACUGUCUACUCGACGACUCACUUUCAUGUUUAUGACUAUAUCUCUGACGAACGUCGUGUCUAAUAUUCCUACAAUAGUCUAUGUGAUACUUUGCGUGAACGACCCGGAAGCAUGGUUCCGGAACCCUUACGGUUUCCUACAACAGCUGUUUCAGUUCAUGCGUGCUAUGCGGGUUGUGAACCAUGCCAUGAACCCGUUCCUGUACGGACUUUUUGACGGGCGUUUCCGUGACGAAAUCCGGAAGCUGUGUUGUAACACUAUCAGUAAAAUUGACCUGUGAAAUUCCCGUGUUAUCAAGAGAUGAUAUUACACGAUUCUUUCAUGCGUCAUUUAAAGUUAAACGAGAAACACGUGCGUUAGCUUCUAGUUCCAAAAUGAAUACCUCACGCAAAAAAACCGACUUUACUAUAUGAUAUGCUGAUUGCAAGUUAAUUCAAAGUGUUCUUGAAAAUGACACAUCAUAUAAGUUGUAUGAUUUUUUUAUGACUUGUGACUAUAUUGAGUAUUAAAGUGAAAUGUUGUUAA